AUGGCUGCCCGCCGCCUUCUCCCCCUUACACUCCGCCGAGUGCGCGGAUUGCCCAACCCAGUGCUGUCGCCAGCCUCCGCCGCUCCAUCGCCGCUUCCGCCUCUCUCCGCGUGCGCCGCCCCCGCCGACCGCACGAUCCACACGGCACUUUCUUCCGGAUCACCCGCCACGCCUCCGCCCACCCUCUCCGCUAAUGAAGCCACCGCGCAUGGCGCACACCCCGCGCCUACCUCUCCCCACGCGCACCCCCUUUCCGCCUUCUCGCAGCCUCUCCGAUUCGUUCACGCCGCGACCACAUUCGCCUCGUCCCCGCAUUCCCCGGAAGGGACGGUGCCACCUGGCAGUACCACGUCAGCAGCCGCCGGCGACGGUUGGCACGAAGCCACGUCAACUGCGCGCGAGUCGACGGCAGGCGGCGGGGUGUCGGACGGCAAAGCAGGGGGCGGCGGAGCGAGAUGGGCGCAGGCCCGUGCGCCAGAGUGGGAGGAGCGCGUGUAUGCGCGCGGCGUGCGCGGAUACAACAACGUGCUGCAGCACCUGGCGGACACUAACAGGGCGCACCUGCUGCGCGACGUGUGGAGCGACAUGCAGAGUGACGGCGUGGCGCCCGACCGCACCUCCUUCCACCUCGCCACCGCCGCCGCCAUGAAGGCCGGCCGCCUGCACGACGUGCUCUUCUUCUUCAAUCACAUGAAGACACGUGGCAUGGCGCUUGACGUAAGCAUCGUGUGCUGCCUGCUUUCCCCCGCCCCUUUCCCCCCCGUCUCUGCUCAGCGUGCGUCCACCCCCGGAGGUGGCGGAGGGCAUGAGGAGGGAGGGCAUGAGGAGGGAGGGCAUGAGGAGGGCGGGCAUGAGGAGGGAGGGCAUGAGGAGGGCGGGCAUGAGGAGGGCGGGCAUGAGGAGGGCGGGCAUGAGGAGGGAGGGCAUGAGGAGGGCGGGCAUGAGGAGGGAGGGCAUGAGGAGGGCGGGCAUGAGGAGGGCGGGCAUGAGGAGGGCGGGCAUGAGGAGGGCGGGCAUGAGGAGGGCGGGCAUGAGGAGGGCGGGCAUGAGGAGGGCGGGCAUGAGGAGGGCGGGCAUGAGGAGGGCGGGCAUGAGGAGGGCGGGCAUGAGGAGGGCGGGCAUGAGGAGGGCGGGCAUGAGGAGGGCGGGCAUGAGGAGGGAGGGCAUGAGGAGGGCGGGCAUGAGGAGGGCGGGCAUGAGGAGGGCGGGCAUGAGGAGGGAGGGCAUGAGGAGGGCGGGCAUGAGGAGGGAGGGCAUGAGGAGGGCGGGCAUGAGGAGGGCGGGCAUGAGGAGGGCGGGCAUGAGGAGGGCGGGCAUGAGGAGGGCGGGCAUGAGGAGGGCGGGCAUGAGGAGGGCGGGCAUGAGGAGGGCGGGCAUGAGGAGGGCGGGCAUGAGGAGGGCGGGCAUGAGGAGGGAGGGCAUGAGGAGGGCGGGCAUGAGGAGGGCGGGCAUGAGGAGGGCGGGCAUGAGGAGGGAGGGCAUGAGGAGGGAGGGCAUGAGGAGGGCGGGCAUGAGGAGGGAGGGCAUGAGGAGGGCGGGCAUGAGGAGGGAGGGCAUGAGGAGGGAGGGCAUGAGGAGGGCGGGCAUGAGGAGGGCGGGCAUGAGGAGGGAGGGCAUGAGGAGGGAGGGCAUGAGGAGGGCGGGCAUGAGGAGGGCGGGCAUGAGGAGGGAGGGCAUGAGGAGGGAGGGCAUGAGGAGGGCGGGCAUGAGGAGGGAGGGCAUGAGGAGGGCGGGCAUGAGGAGGGAGGGCAUGAGGAGGGAGGGCAUGAGGAGGGCGGGCAUGAGGAGGGCGGGCAUGAGGAGGGAGGGCAUGAGGAGGGCGGGCAUGAGGAGGGCGGGCAUGAGGAGGGCGGGCAUGAGGAGGGCGGGCAUGGAGUUCCAUCAGCGCACAUACACCGCACUGCUCAAUGCCGCCGCCAACACCGGCCGCAUCGCCCUCGCCACGUCAAACUCCUCCCUGCCCCCGCUUCCUCCCAACCUCGUUGUGCUGCCUUCCUCAACCCCCUGCCCUCCCCCCCACCGGGACGUGUGUGGGAGCAGGGAGGCGGUGGUGCGGGAGAUGGAGGCGGGGGGCAGGCAGCGCACGCGCCUCACACUGGCGGCGCUCAUCACGGCCCACGCCAACCACCUCCCGCUGCUGCCCCGCUGCAAACCCAAGGUCCCACCUGCUCCUGCUUGCACUGCCACGGCAGCACAGCAGCUGACCCAUGUUACUGCCGCGCCGCGCAUCUCUCCUCUCAUCCUUCCCCAUGCUCUUUCCUCUUGUAUACCGUGCUGGCGCUGCUGAAUGAGGCGCGCGCCCUGCCCUCUGAGGAGCCGCCAGUGCAGGGGGGAGGAGAGGGGGAAGGGGAGGGGGGAGAGGAGGGGGGGGAGGAGUUGGGAGGAGGAGGGGGAGAGGAAGGGGUGGAUGAGGGGGAUCAGGCGGCGUUAGCAGGGGGAGGAGCGGCAAGAGCAGAAGCAGCUGCCAUGCAGGGUGGCGGCACGGUGCAGGGCGGCACGUUGCGGCAUUACAUGGCAGCGCUGACGGCUAUGGAGACGCUCAGAGACCCGCAGGGGGCGGAGCAGGUGAUGGCAGCAGCGAGGGAGGACGGGGUCACACCAAAUGCACACAUGCACCGCCGCCUCAUCAGGGUGUAUGCGAGUGCGGGGCAGCUGCAGGCGGCGAGGGCGGUGUGGGAAGCGUUUGUGGCCUCGGGGGGCUACCCGGGGAGGAGCCUCUUCCUGAGGUUCUCCUUUUGUUGCCUCUCCUUCCUCCUCACUUCCAGCCGCCCUCAACCCUCGAGUCUUUCUCGCUCUCCCACCCCUGUCCCCGUGCCUCCGCGCAUCUCCUCCUCCGCGCCCAACCCCCCCUCUCCUCGCGCGGCAGCACGUGGCGGAGGCAGCAAUGGCGCAGGCCACGCGUGA